AGGGCUGACCCUUCUCUCUCCCACCUUAUUACAAAGUACAAAGAUCUCUCUCUCUGUCUCUCUCUCUCUCAAGCUCUGAGCCUUACUCAAUCACCACCGCACUAGAAACGCCUUCGUCGCGUCGCCGGAGAAUGGCGUAUAUGUGUACUGACAGUGGAAACUUAAUGGCUAUAGCUCAACAACUCAUCAAACAGAAGCAACAACAAGAACAAGAACAAGAACAAGAGCAGCAGCAACAAAGACAACAACAUGAACAACAAACUCAGUCCUUUGGGUUUACUAUUCCCGGUUCUGGUUUCUCCGACCCGUUCCAAGUAACAACCGACCCGGUCUUCCACUUCCCACACCUGGAGCACCAUCAUCAAAACGCCGUCGCUUCUGAUGGCUUAAGGUUCAUCGACGGAGAGUUCGACUCUGACGAGUGGAUGGAGAGUUUAAUCAACGGUGGAGAUUCGUUGCAGACCAACCCAGACUUCCCAAUCUACGGUCACGAUCCGUUCGUCACAUUCCCGAGUCGACUCAACCGAGUCAACAAGGAUGAUGACUCAGCGACUCAACAAUACUCUCAGCCACCAGCUAUGUGUACUCCAUCUCCGCCGUCACCACCACAACAUCAUCACCAUCCCCCUCCUCCUCCGCCGCCGCAGCCUGAUUUUGACCUAAACCAACCGAUUUUAAAAGCUAUCCACGACUACGCACGUAAACCGGAAACUAAACCGGAAACAUUAAUCCAAAUCCGAGAAUCCGUAUCAGAGUUGGGUAACCCGGUAGAGCGAGUCGGGUUUUACUUCUUAGAAGCGCUGUCUCAUAAAGAAACAGAGUCACCGCCAUCGUCGUCGCUAGAAGACUUCAUACUCUCAUACAAAACCUUGAACGACGCAUGCCCUUACUCAAAGUUCGCUCAUUUAACAGCGAACCAAGCAAUCCUCGAAGCUACGAACCAAUCCCAAAACAUUCACAUCGUCGAUUUCGGGAUUUUUCAAGGUAUCCAAUGGUCUGCUCUGUUACAAGCUUUAGCGACCCGACCUUCUGGUAAACCCACCCGGAUCCGGGUUUCGGGUAUACCCGCUCCGUCUUUAGGAGACUCACCGGAGAUGUCUCUGAUCGCUACUGGGAACCGUCUCCGUGAUUUCGCGGCGAUUUUGGAUCUCAAUUUCGAGUUUAACCCGGUUCUCACUCCGAUUCAGUUUUUAACCGGGUCGAGUUUUCGGGUUGAACCGGAUGAGGUUUUGGUUGUGAAUUUUAUGCUUGAGCUUUACAAGCUUCUUGAUGAGACGGCGACGAGUGUUGGUACGGCUCUCCGGUUAGCUAGAUCGUUAAACCCGAGGAUCGUGACGCUUGGUGAAUACGAAGUUAGUUUAAACCGGGUUGAGUUUGCCAACCGGGUUAAGAACUCUCUCCGGUUCUAUUCCGCGGUUUUCGAAUCGCUCGAACCGAAUUUGGAGCGAGAUUCUAAAGAAAGGUUAAGGGUUGAGAGAGUGUUGUUCGGUAGGAGGAUAUCGGAUUUGGUCCGAACGGGUAAUGAUAAUAACAAACCGGGAACUCGGUUUGGGCUAAUGGAGGAGAAAGAACAAUGGAGAGUGUUGAUGGAGAAAGCCGGGUUUGAGCCGGUUAAACCGAGCAAUUAUGCGGUUAGCCAAGCGAAGCUGCUAUUAUGGAACUACAACUACAGCACAUUGUAUUCACUUGUUGAAUCGGAGCCAGGGUUCAUCUCUUUGGCUUGGAACAAUGUACCUCUCCUCACUGUUUCCUCUUGGCGUUGACUGAACCGGUUCAAUCAAUCCUAUCCAAGCUGGACCGACCUGCCGGUUACUUUACUUUCUUCCUAUAUAGCUGAUAAGUUUAAUCUAGUCUUUUGAGUUAGUUUUUAAAAAUUGUAUUAUUUGGGGGAAUAUAUAUUUGGGAUUUUCUCUCAAGUAGUGAAGUUUAUUGAAAGUGGUUUUUGAUUUGGCUGUAUUAGUCUCUAAGCUAUUUGUUUUAGUCUUUCUAACUAGUGCUUGGAGUUGGAGCUAUGGUUUGUCUUUUUUGUUUUUGUGUUCAUUUGUAAUAAGUAUGUAACAUUUUGACUAGAUAUUUUUGGUAUA